GCUCAUAUCCUAGUCUCAAUCUUCCACUGAUCUCUGCAGAGAGAUGACUUGACCUAGGGUUUGAUCAUUCCUUCCUCUUCCCAAAUUCAGCUUUGGGCAACUCCAGACUGUGGUGGCAGUAUAAAGUUGUUCAAAUCAGUUGAGAGAGGGGGUGGGGAGAUCUGGAUCAGGAGUGAGGCCAGAUUUUUGUGGAUGGUUACUUAUGGUAAAUAGGUGGACUUAUAUAGCGAGUUGUAUAGAGGAUACGGCGAUCAAGCUGUUUGAUUUGUUUUGAAUUUUGAUAGUGGUCAUUUUAUUACAACAUGGAAGAUGAUGGUGGGCUUGAGCUCAGUUUGGGUUUAUCUUGUGGUAGCUCAUCAGUCAAGCCGAAAAAUAAGAAUGGUAGCUCCUUGGAUCUUAGAGCAGAAGAAGUUGGUAAAGGGAACAAGAUGGCUGAUGACUUUAAGAGCAUAUUUGAUACCGAUAAGCCAGAUUCAAUCACUGGCACUCGAAGAAAUGAGUCUUCAAAGCCUGAGGAGAAUUUCUUUAGUGACCUUUCAAAGGUUAAAGAAGAUAAUACCUCUUUGAAUUUAAAUGCGAGAGGAUUUCUGGGUGCAAACAGUAGUAGACCUAUUGAAAUCGAGGAAGAUAAACGGUUGGAAACAGUAAGUAAGCGGAAAAUAUCUUUCGAUGAGAUACGUAAUCAAAAGAAGCAUGACAGCGAUGUUCAUCAUACUGAUUUACAUGACAGGACAAGAACAUCUCACAUUUCUGUAACAGAAGAUGGCUCAACUGCAGAAAAUGAAGAUGUGGCUGAUUCUGAAGCUGAGAACUCCACCUCCAGGCCUCUCUCACACCAUAGUGAUGGUUCCAAAGGAUUCAUCAGAGUUGGUGCUACUAGUGAUGCUCCAAAAGAGGUUCGUGGAGUUGCUGACUCCAAUGCCACUGAUUUUAAUGGGCAGAAGAGAUUUAUUGGGUCAUCAGAAAAAGAUUUUAAACAUGCAAACAUGACUUAUGGUGCUUCCUUCUCUGUUCAACCUAUUAAUAUGAAUAUGCCUUACCCUUCUCCAGUUAAAGAGUCCAACUCUGUCGGGGCACCAAGCCCUCAAAUUCCUGGAAUGAUGCAUAUGAUGUCUACAGCUACUGGUGACCGCACAGGAGCCCAAUCUGUGAAUAAUGGGAACUUGCCAGCUAUGUUUGGAUAUCCUCCUGUUCAGCUUCCCAUGUUGGAUAAGGAUAGCUCAUGGGGUUUGGGUUCUCGCCCUCAACAGUUACACCCUUCCUUUGUUGGGAGAGGUCCAACUAACCCAGCUUCUCUACACAUGAUGUCAAACAAUAUAUCUGAGGCUGUGCCAUAUGAGGGAAGGCCGCUAGAACGACUCAAAGGAGAUGGAAAACAGCGCGUCACUGAAGAUGGCUCCUCUUCACAACAUGAAGACGUAAAAGGAAGUAGCACCAACCUCAGGGCCAAAGAUGUAUCAGACCAGCCAAAAGGAGAAGGCUCCGCUGUUGAUUUUUCAAAUAUUAAGCCAGGUCUUGCUGCAGAUGUGAAAUUUGGCGGAGGUGGUUCCUAUCCAAAUCUGCCUUGGGUAUCCACCUCAGGUUCAGGCCCAAAUGGAAGGACAAUAUCUGGUGUUACUUACAGAUACAGCUCUAACCAAAUCAGGAUAGUCUGUGCAUGCCAUGGGACCCACCUGACCCCUGAGGAGUUUGUUCGCCAUGCAAGUGAUGACAAAGCCAAUCAAGAGGGAAAUGCAGUUUUGGGGUCGGUACCUAAUGGUAAUCCUGCUGCCUCUUCUCACAGCUAGAUUCUUGUACCAUUUUAAGUUGUACUUUACUAUUAUAGUUCUCAACAAAAGAUUCAGGCAAAGGGCUUUAAUUUUUCUUUAGAUGAAUGAGAUUUGUACCAUUUUUCUGUGUACAAUUUAAUGACCUAUUUUGCUAUUCCUCUUUAAUUACUUGUAGCAGCUGCAAUAGAGAUUGCAGUUGUAUUUGUAUGUAAUGAUGGACCAUCUUCAUCUGUUUUCAAAUAGUAAUUAGAAACCUGCUUUUAUUGCUAGCA